AUGGACGGCACAGACGGACUGGACAUACCCGUACCGGAGUACAUCAACGAGCGACUGAUUGUAAAGUCGAUCGCGAAUGGAUUCGGCGUGCGAAAGCCGCGAAUUCUCAACAGUAACAUAACACGCGCCACGGCCAAUGGUGAUAACUACAUGAGUGAUGUGUUUCGUAUCGUGGCCAGCUACAUCGAUGAAGAUGCAUCUGACCACAGCCCUGAACCCCGGCGUGUUUCGCUUGUGGUGAAAAGCCUUCCGAACACCGGUCAACGUGGUCCAAUCAUUGAGGAAAUGCAAGCGUACGAGAAGGAGGCCUCCAUGUUUCGGGAUAUCGUGCCGCAACUAUCAACGAUGGCCAACGAUACGUUCUUUGCCGCGCGCUGCUUUUAUGCAUCCGAUCUUCCGGAGCGUUUGCUGGUGUUUGAAGAUUUAAAAGCGCUCGGUUACGUGACGGCAAAUCGACAAGCGGGACUCGAUUUCGCGCACUGUGUGUUGGUGAUGAAAAAGAUCGGUCAGUUCCAUGCCGCCUCGAUGCGGUUUGCUGAGAAGGAGUUGGACCUGUUGCGGCGCAAGUUUCAUUUCAACAUGUUCAACCCGGACUACAGCGAACCGUCGGAACAGAUGCGCAUCAUCUUCGAGAAGGGAUUGGAAGCGUUGAUUGCCGUUGCGAAAACGCAGUGGGACAAUUUCGAUCAAACGAUCGUGGCCAAAAUGGAAAAGCUGACACCGGUGUACGUGGAGCGAUUGCGCGAGUGUCUCGAACAGGACUGCGAAUCGGACGGUGGCUAUCGUGUGCUCAAUCAUGGUGAUCUAUGGUCUAACAAUAUGAUGUUUCGCUACGACCCAAAUGAUCUGUCGAUCGUGCAAGAUGUAGCGUUCGUUGAUUUGCAGCUCAGUUUCUACUCGAGCCCGGGUGUGGAUCUCAACUAUGCGUUGGCCAACUGCCCGAACUUUGAGACGCGCCCUCGGCUAGACGAACUGGUCGAGGUGUACCAUGCGUCGUUCAAGGCCACUUUAGAGUAUCUUGAGUACGAUGCUAGACCCAUACCAACGCUGGAAGACGUGCGGCAUGAGAUAAGACGGAUGGAAUUUUUUGCGCUUAUGUCCGUCCUUACCGUGUUGCCGAUUGUGCUGAUGGACCAGACGGACGAGCUGGUAGCGAAUUUUGAAAAUCUCCUCGAGGGUGAAGAUGCCGAAAAGGCACGCCAAAUCCAGUACAAUGGAAAAAAUUAUCAACGGAUCGUGCGCCCGAUGCUGUUUGAGUUCAAUCAGCGUAAGUUGCUUGACGUUUAGACAAUGGGACGGUGGCUCUUUGCGGUGUGCCGAUUGAUAAGCGCGCAUGUCAAGUCAAAGUGAUACCAGUAUACACAACUUGUUAUUAAUACAGUGCAUAGAAAGGAAUUGAUCGGAAGUUAAGAUGAAAGAAGGCGGCGCGGUCCGGUGGUGUUUUGGUAGCGGCGUAGAUCGUCACACGUCAUGUCCGAGGAAUAAUCCCAUCCGAACCAAACCCCCGUAGUAAGGACCGACUAUCCGACUACGUGAUAAAAAUAAGUCGAUACGACCUGGUCGUUCUAAUGAAAUAAAAUAAAAAAUAUACGAACGUGCAGAUUGUGUUUCAAACGCGUUAAGUGUAAAGACACUAUUAUUAAUACGUGAAUAUUUCACAGAUAAUUGCAAGAGCCAAUAAAAUGUCCUUAAAUAACCUACAAAUUAUCUUCCACGCACCCAAUCACGUGGGAAUCAGUCCGUAAAAUUGUGUCUGAUGGAAGUGGUUUGAUGUAAAGACAUUUAAGUAUAAAAUACUUGUAAUAUAUAUGCAUUAUUAAAAAUAUUCCCAUGAAUUCGGCUUAUUGAAGCAUUCACCUGGUGAUAGACAUGAUAAAAUAAAGUAAUGGAGCCAAUUAUUACCUGUGAUUCUAAAACA